UAUACAUUCUGUCAACUUUCUAGUCUGAUCCAACCCACUUUACAAGAUUGUGAUUAUUCUGUGAAAUGACAGACUGACUAAGAAAUACACAACUAUCACCAUGGCCUUAAAGCUAACCCCUACUCCUUUAGCUUCAUUACGCGUUUCUCGUCACUUUAUUCCGGCACACAAUCUUAUACCCAACACCAGCAUCCAAAACAAGCCAUUGUUACAUUAUCAUGAAGUUUUCCCUUCUUCCAGCCUGACCGCAUCUGCCAUAGAGUCGCAUCUCACAGCAGUCGGUGUCGUGGAACCUCAGUGGCGUUAUACCAUGUAUAGCACAACUCACUUUCACUCGACCACUCACGAGGUGCUAUGUAUCAGCCAAGGGGGGGCCAAACUCUGCUUUGGCGGUGAGGGCAACCCGGAAAAGGUGGAGAAGGAGGUCGUGCAAGGCGACGUGUUGAUUGUACCUGCCGGCGUCGGACAUAGGCUUCUCCAGGAUCUCACAGGCCGUUUCGAGAUGGUAGGCUCCUAUCCUAAGGGCUAUAACUGGAAUAUGUGCUACGGGAAAAAGGGCGAAGAGUCCAAAGUGCAGAGUAUUGAAAAGUUGCCGUGGUUUGAGAGGGAUCCAAUUUAUGGUGAUACGGGCCCCGUGCUCGAAAACUAGGUAGGUAAUUGUCAAG